UAAUGCAUCGUUCCCUUUAAACCUGCUUGUUAAAUUUUUUUGUUUGCCCUAUAACUUUAAAAACGCUAUAUAGUUUUUCAUUUCCAAACAGAUGACGGCUUCAUUAAAAGCUGUCAAAAGUUGCGCGAUAUAAUAUAGUAAGUUGGAUGGCAACGAUGGUUGAUGUUUAGUGCAACAUAUGUAAUAUUUUUUGUUAAAUUAAUAUGACGGCACGCUCAAUCUUACAAGUGUUUGAUCAGUAUCAGAAGGCGCGAUUGCUCUUUGUGCAAUCCGUUGCAGAUUUAUCCUCAAAACCAAACAACAUUAACUGUCUGGAAGCAGCAGGUGCAAUAGAUCUUUUACGUCCUUUAUUAGCGGAUGCUGUACCGUCCAUACAACACAUGGCAGCAAUCGCUUUGGGCAAGCUGGCGAAUCAUAAUUCUAAACUAGCACACGCUAUUAUUAGAAAGGACGUAUUGUCACACUUACUGAAGUACAUAGACAAACAAAAUAAAUUUUAUAAGAAAGCGGCGCUAUUUGUUUUACGAGCGAUAGCUAAACAUUCAUCGGAACUAGCAUUGAUAGUGGUGCACAACGAUGGUCUGCAGGCUAUAAUCGGAUGUCUGGAAGAUUUUGAUCCUGGGGUGAAGGAAGCAGCUGCUUGGGCACUAGGAUAUAUUGCGAGACAUAAUAAGAAUUUAGCUCAAACAGUAGUAGAUGCCACUGCGGUACCUCUUCUCGUAUUGUGUCUGCAAGAACCUGAAUUGUAUAUUAAACAAAUUAGUGCGUCGGCGAUCAGCGAUAUAAGUAAACACAGUAUCGAACUUGCGCAGGCAGUAAUUGAUGCUGGGGCAAUCUUCUUCCUCGCGAAAACUCUUGCCAAUCUCGAUUCCAAGGCGAAACGUCAAGCGUUAUUAGCUCUGAGUAGCAUAGCUAAGCAUUCUGCAGAUUUAGCGGAAGCCGUAGUUGAGGCAGAGAUCGUUCCAGACGUUUUGGUACAUAUGGCACAUCCAGAUGAGAAUGUCGGUAGAGUCGCAGCGAUUUUAAUUAGAGAGAUUUGCAAACAUACGUUUGAGUUAGCGGAGCUCAUAGUGAACGCUGGAGGUAUUGCUGCGCUUAUCGAAUUAAUUAAUACCUCAAAGUCGGCGACUAGAUUACCGGCGAUUAUGGCACUCGGUUACAUCGCUGGUUAUUCCGAGCAACUGGCAGUGGCUGUAAUAGAGUCCAAAGGUAUCGUGCAAUUAGCGGUUGUAUUGCAAGAGGAAACGGAAGAUCAUAUUCGCGCGGUGACCGUCUGGGUUAUUGGGCAAAUUGGCAAGCACACGCCUGAACAUGCAAAAGCGGUUGCGGUUGCAAACCUAUUGUCUAAGUUAUUAGAGCUGCAUAACGAUCCGAAAAGUUCUGAGGAUCUCAAAGCGAAAUGUUAUACGGCAUUAAAACAAGUUCUACAGAAAUGCAUGUAUAUCGAGGCUCUUGAAUCCCUGUUGCACGACGUGCCACCUAAUAUCCUGAAAUAUGUAUUGGGACAGUUUAGUAAGAUUUUGCCGAACGACGCAAAAGCGAGAAGAUUGUUUGUAACAUCCGGCGGUUUAAAAAAGGUACAAGAAAUUGAAGCUGAACCAGGCACUACUCUCUCGAAGUACAUAACAAUUAUUAAUUGCUGUUUCCCAGAGGAGAUCGUCAGAUACUAUUCGCCCGGUUAUCCGAACAGCCUUCUGGAAGCUGUGGAGCAAUAUCAGCCGAAAUGUCUUUUCGUUUUCGAUCACAAAACAUCGUCCGAGAACACAGAAUCCAGCUUAUCACUUUAUAACGACGAAGAGUAAUUCUAAAUUUACAUAAUGUUUUUGUUCAUAUUCAGAUGCAUAAUGAGAAGCAUUUGUGAAUAUUAUGUAUUGUAAUUAUUAUAAAUUGUUUAUUUAUUCUCA